CAACAAAGCGCACAAAAUGGUUGUGCUCGAGGCCCGAGCGCAUAAGUAGGUUUACUAUCGCUUUAAGAACGAGAAAAUAGUGUCUGCUUCUUUAAAAUUAUAUCGGUUUAUUACUGAAUAGAUAAUUAAGAAAAGUUUUUAGUAAAUAUAUUUAUGCAUUUAAUUUGUGACUAAGCUAACAGAAGAUGCAUCUCUGUUGGAUAAGGCCGCUUGUACUCAAAACCUCUUUAAAGCAGAUGUUUUUAGUUUUUCCUCACUUUAUGUGCAAAACUGCUUGAUUUAAGAGGAAACAGAGGCAGGCUGUAGCGCCUUCACGGUGAUGGAACCAGCCGACGACCAACCCGGGGAUGUAAAUAAAGGUAAAGAGGCGAAGGAGGACAAGGCCGCAGAACAGACCUCGGCCAUCAGUUCGACCGACGCACCGCAGAGGGCUCUCAGAGAGCGCGGAGCGGGCCGACCUAGGUCCGGCGUCUCCGUUUCUGCCACGGACAUUAACGGUGCCGCAUCGAGCCCGCAGACCUCGGGACGAGUCUUGAGAGACAGGUCAACCAGGGCAGUCCCGGCCUGGCUGAAGGACUCAAAAAGUGACGACGAAGACGAACCGAGCCCGGAGAGCGGUGCGACGAAGCGAAGGAAAGUUUCCAGCUGCAGGCGGAAGAAAAUUUCAGAUUCUGCGGGUCAGGUGGAAGCUGGAGAGGGGCUGGCAGGAGACAGCCUUCAGUGCACAGAUUCAGAAGACCCUAAGAAACCGUCUACAGAUGUCCAAGCUCCAUCUUCCAGGCGCCCCUCGGCUCAGACUAAUGCCAGGUCCACAGCUGGCAGAGGUGCUCGUGGCCAGGCCAAACCCGUGUGCAAGAUCGAACCUGAGACGGAGAAUCAAACCGCAGUGGAGGAGGAGGUAACGGAUAAAGAAACGUGUGACAUUGACAAGAAAGAGGAAGAAAAUGAGGAGGCUGCUGAACAAAUUCUGGAUGAUGAAGACCUUCCAUUUCAGGAUGACCCAAAUGAUCUCAACUAUCGGCCUCAGAGUCAGAGUGGUGCAGAGGAGGAAGAAGGUCUCAGUAGUGAUGAAGAUCUUUCUUUUAGAGACGACUUAAAUGARCAGAGCUAUGAUCCAAGGGCUGAAAGGUUUGUGGACAUGCCUAAGCCAAAGCGUAGAGCUCCUCCAAGACCGAAAGAAAAAAAAGAAAAAGGACCCAAGACAGAAAACGAGGUGGCUGAGAUAAAAGUCGAAGGCUCAGACAAGUUGGAGUUUGUUCAGGAAGACGUGAAGCUGGAAGAGGAAGUAAAUGAAGAUCAGGACGGACCCAGGAAGAGAGGUCGCAGGAAAAAAGACGACAAAACUCCACGUCUUCCAAAGAGAAGGAAGAAACCUCCUGUCCAGUAUGUGCGCUGUGAAAUGGAAGGAUGUGGGACGGUGUUGGCUCAUCCUCGCUACCUUCAGCACCAUAUAAAAUAUCAGCACUUGCUAAAGAAGAAGUAUGUCUGUCCUCAUCCUUCCUGCGGGAGGCUUUUCCGUCUGCAGAAGCAGCUGCUGCGUCACGCAAAACACCACACAGAUCAGAGAGAUUACAUCUGUGAGUUUUGUGCUCGGGCCUUUAAGAGCUCCCACAAUCUAGCUGUGCACCGCAUGAUUCACACCGGAGAGAAACCCUUACAGUGUGAGAUCUGUGGCUUCACUUGUCGUCAGAAGGCGUCUCUCAACUGGCACAUGAAGAAGCACGACGCCGAUGCCACUUAUCAGUUCUCCUGCUCCAUCUGUGGGAAGAAGUUUGAGAAGAAGGACUGCGUGGUCGCCCACAAGGCUAAGAGUCACCCGGAGGUUCUGAUUGCUGAGGCGCUAGCAGCCAACGCUGGCGCCCUGAUCACGACUCCCUCCUCCCUGCUGGAGCUUCCAGAAAACCCCAUAGAAGCAGAGAUCAUCACUGUGGAAAUUGGGCAAGACGGCCAGGCGGAGCAGCUGGGUCCAGAUGGGCAGCACCUGAGUCACAUGGCCCAACAAGUGAGCCCUCAGGUGGUUUUGCUGGGGCAGGACCAGAGCCUUCACACCAUGCAGGUGCCGGUAGCAAUCGCUCUGUCCCCGAUUGACCCCCCUUCUCCAGCGGAUAGCCAGCAGCCACACCUCCAGCUCCAGAUGCCCGUCCAGUUCGUGCAGACCACUCAGCAGGUGCAGCAGCCCCAGAUUCAUCAGCUGGCCCUCCACUCCAGCCCGGUGGUGACCCAGCAUCAGCCUCAGCUCCAGCCUUUGCAGCCGUACUCCUCCCAAAGCCAGACCCAAAUACUGCAGAUGACCUUCCAGCCCGUCAGCCAGUCCCAGACCCACAUUCAACAUGUCCCCAUAUUYACCACCUCUCAGCAGCUUCACACCCUGCAGCCAGCUGCUCCAAGRCCUCCUCUGCUGUCCACCUCCCAACAUCAGUCCCAGGAUCCAGCUUCCACCAACGGGGACAGUUUUAUGCUGGACAAUCCAGUGCURUCUUCUUCUCCUUCAGGCAGCUCACUCCAGCAGACAGAAGGUGUUGAGGGUGGAGUGGUCUGGGAGCAGACAGGACAGGGGGCAGAUCUGUCUGAAAACACUGAGAGACACAUGCAGCAGACUCUCAUGUAACACAUAUGGUGCACACAAAGCAGUAGAUGUAUACCUGAUAMACUGUAUUAACAGGUAAAUGUAGGAUCCCUGAUAUAAUAAGUACUGUUCACUCAUUGUCAAACUUGGUAGCUUUUUAGAGCAUCUAUCAGGGAAACUGUGUAUGUUUUCUUUGUACAUAAUAGUCCUGCAACUAGCUGUUUGAGUGUGUGUGUGUGUGUGUGUGAGAUAAAGAAUUAGGUUGCAUUUAUGCAGUAAUAUAGCCCAUCGCCAAUGAAUAUACAGCAAAUCAAAAGACAGAAGUGUGGCAUCAAAUAAGCUGAAUUAAUUAAUUUAAUUUAUGAAACAGAUUAACACAGAACACAUUAAAAAGUUAUUGAAUUUCUGAUAAUUGGGUGAGAUCAUUUAGAUUUUAACACUGGACAGCUUUUCAUUUAUUGCCUACUUUUCUCAAAGAACAGGAAACAAGUAAAUUAAAGAAAAUGUGUGGUUACAAAGACAGGAGACUUGUCAGUCCCUGGAGGAAACGUUCAACGUGACUUACGUCAGAGACUGUAGUGUAGUUGUUUAUAAACAUUUGAGUGUUUGUAGACAUUUAUAGAAGCUAUAACAAGUGUGGUCUACAUUUCACAAGUUUGUUGGAAGCAGCUAAAAGUUGCAUGUGCAACUUGCACAUGAACAUAAAAUCAUUGAUUUGUCAGUAACCUUAUAAGUGUGAUGUCUUUGAAAAGCAAACUUAUGUAGAAUCUGAUAAUCUGUCACAUUAGAUUUGUUUGAGCACAACCACAUAAACCUGUCCAUUUAUAAGAUGUAAAUAAAUGACCCAACAUUUAUCCAAAUGAUGCUUAAGAAUUUGAUUUUAGUAAAUCCUGUUUCGGCCUUUUAACAGUGGAUCAGCCUUCAUCGUGGUUGUUUUUUAACCCCUUCUGUGAGGUCCAUUGGAAUGGACAUCAAAUAGUUUUAGGCCUAAACCAAAUAAAUAAUGUUUUCAUCAUUUGAA